AUGAAAGAGCAGCAAUUUAGAUAUUAUACAUAUUUUGGAGACACAGAGUUCCCAGAUAACGAAUCAUAUGGUCCCAUAAUUGAAACUGGAGCCGAUUCCCUUUCAAUGGAUAAACUAUAUAUUCCUUUAGAAUCGCCUAUUCUGUCGUUGGAUGAAUUUCUUUUUCGAAUAUCGAAAAAUGAUCAGGAAGACGUUCGUGGCCUUCAUAUCUCAGCAAUUAUUCCGAAAUAUAUCAUCAGCCGGGUACCCAAAAAUGUUCAAGAUUGUGGAACUGCUACAGCUAUUUCGGAUAAGAUGAAAAUGUAUCGAGAAGAGGUGAAGUCGAAGCUCAAGAUUCACUACCUAAAUCGAGUCUUUGAGGUGUUGAAGCAGGCAGGUUACGCCUUCAAAACAAGAUCUACCAAUUGGAAAAACUCAAAGUUCUACUCGCAGAUGCUUUGUAGUUGUGAUGUCGGAUCAAAGAAAAGAGCAUUAUCGGUACUUUUUGGUGAAAAAGAGAAGGAUCACAGCAUUAAAGCCUCCUUACACUCUUCAGAUUUGGAGAGGAGAACAUCAUUUCCCACAUUUUCACGACAUUCUGGUAGCAGUCUGGAAUUUCAAGAACAGAGAACAAAAUCAGUUAGCUCUAUAAUUGGCAAUCAAGCACUUUUUAGUACCCCAUUGUAUCUAUGUCACUCGCGAUUCAACUACUCGUUUGACUCGAUAUCUGGACAGUUCCAUAUGGACUUUUCACAUCUGACUCACAGUCAUCUUGAAUUUGCAAUUCCUGGUAAAUCAAAUUUGGUGGUGCAGAGUUGGAUCAAAAACUUGAACUCUUCGCACUACCAAGUGUCUGACAGUGAUUCAGAGGACAUGAUAGAUCCAGAAAUAAACAGCAAUGAUAAUGAAGAAGAAGAAGAAGAAGAAGAGGACGACGAAGUGUCAGAGUCUUCUAAAGGAGUAUCUUCUGAAGAAAAUACAGACAGUGUUGAUCGUUUAGCAAUGGCAUGCCAUACUGGUUCUGAUCUCUUUUCGUACCCAGAAUACGAUUCGGUGUCUGAGGGAAGAAAUUAUCUACGGCAAGUGUUAGUUGAGACUACAGGAGAUACAGUUUCACGAUCUUUGAUUAAAAAUACCAAAAGCAAGCCUAUGACACCUUUUGCGAGCGCGUUGGAUACCCUGCAUAAAAGUAUAUCUUCUCGUACGAUGGAUUAG